AUGCCUCCAAAGAGAAAGCGUUCCACAGAAAGCGACGUGCAUGACGAUGCAGCGCGCAACAAGCGUUUCGCGUACCUGAAGCCCCAAGUCCGGCAGGUUUCCGAGCGGACUAUCAAGUCGAAAUGGACAACACUCCCUGAGCCCGUUCAAGACAAGGUUCGUGAUAUGUUUCGAGCGCUUGAACGGCCAGUUAUUGUGCGGCAGCCGAAUGAACGAAAACGCAUCGAAGCGCAGGCGGCUGUGCAGGCAGUUGUUAGGAAUCUCGGGAAGCGACUUCCUCGAAUGCCGUUUCCUCCUGUUACGAAGGAGUCGGUGUUUGACUACGAAGCGGCCCUAAAUGAGCAUGUGUCUCUUGAGUCUAGCUUAGCGACUAUGAACGAUAGUAUCGAUCUUUUGAAGGCGGAAAUUGAGAGGGAGGAGGCCUUACUGGCCAAAGAAACAAAGCAACUACAGGAAAUGGAGAAAAACGCCAAUCGAGCCGAAGCGGAAAGAAAACGGCAGAUGAAGAAUGUGAGUUCUCUCGGAUGGUUCCGGCCAUACAACAUGUCACUCAUCAUUUUGAAGGAGCAUCCGGCACUACGGCAGCUCGACGAUCUUCCCAAGACCCAGUUCCAAGCAGCUCAUUUUAGAAUUCUGGAAGCAGAAGACUCACAAUCGGGUUUUGAUGAGCUGGAGAAUGACCCGGAAACCUCAAGCCUGUUGAAACAAUUGAAAGACCAUCUAAAAUCGAUGCAGAACAAUGUUGCCCCUCUCACUGGUCUGAAGGACGCACUCACCCGAUCGGAAGCAGCUCUCAGUCUAUUCUCAGCACCGGAAGCACCCUGA